GCGAGGCGCUUGCGACGGCGGCUGAUUGUGCGACUGGCGGAUUUCUGCUUGACCUGACCAAAGUUUGCGAUCGCAUACUGACUCUCUCCGCCCACACCAAACCCUUUCUUCACAAGACGACAUUGCCUGGAGCACGGUCGUUCUUUCCAUUCACAAAAGUUUGAGCUGCAGUUGCCUACCGCCGAUUAAUCGAGCCUUCCAUCUCGCGACCCUUGCACCUGACUCUAUCCGCAUUUUCUGCGAAAACCCGUUGCAGCCUCAAUCUUCGCAAAGCUGCUCCCUGUGGCCCACCCGAUCCAUCCCAACUAGCCGAUCCUCGACUUAAACCGCUCGCUUGUCUCACCGAACGCCUCACCUGUCUACAUCUCAAAAUUUCCAACAUGGCGGAGCAAGUUGAUCUCACCACCAUCCCCAUCUCGCCCGAUGGUGGGAACAACCCCGAGGGUGCCACCAAGGAGACCGCCGAGGACAAUGACAAGACCGUCACCGUCUUCCACGAUAAGGAUAACUUCAAUGUCAAGCAUCCUCUCUCAAGUCGGUGGACUCUCUGGUUCACCAAGCCGGCCAGCGGAAAGGGCGACAACUGGAACGACUUGUUGAAGGAGGUCAUUACUUUCGAGUCGGUGGAAGAAUUCUGGGGCAUCUACAACAACAUUGCCCCCGUCUCCGAACUUGCCCUCAAGUCGGAUUACCACCUCUUCAAGGAGGGCGUGCGGCCAGAGUGGGAGGACCCGCAAAACAAGCAUGGCGGCAAGUGGUCGUACCAAUUCAAGGAGAAGCGGUCGGUCAACAUCGACGAGCUCUGGCUGCACACCAUGCUCGGCGCGAUUGGCGAGACGCUGGAGGACGAGGAGGAUGGCGAGGUGAUGGGCGUCGUUGUGAACGUCCGCAAGGCGUUUUUCCGUGUCGGUGUCUGGACCCGCACCACGGGCCGCCACAUCCCCGGCCGCGGCGACGGUGACAUCGCCGGCGGCAAGGGCCGAUCGGGCGAGAAGGGCAAGGAGAUCCUGAUGUCUAUUGGACGUCGGUUCAAGGGCGUCCUCAAGCUGCCGGCCAACGAGAUGAUCGAGUUCUCGGGCCACACCGACAGCGCCCACAGCGGUAGUACCCGCGCGAAGGCCAAAAUGGUGGUUUAAGCAUGGAUGGUUGUCAGAGAUGGCAGUUACAGGCAUCAUCAUGCCUAUGCUGCCUACUUAGAUUUACCAUGAGCGCCCUUGCACACUGCACUUGGCAUGGGCGCGGGCCUGGGGACGGUCAUGAUUAUGCUCGGAUCACCACAUUGGGCCGGUCAUCAGAGGAUAUGAGAUAUGCCGCAACAUCUGCUUCGGCGCGUCGACUGGGGAAACGCAGGGCGCUAUGGGUUGGGGCGAAUAAGGGUUUGUCUGCGAUUCACGGAUGGUAUUUCACCUGCAACGAGCCUCGCAUAUCUGCUAGUCACUUUAUAAGCAAGGCAAUUCUGCCAACAC